AUGGCGAGCGGCGUCGGCCACCUGGCUCUGGACGUGGACGACGCGGAAGAGAGGGCGGGCACGGCGGCGCGGGACGAGGAGGACCUGCUGUGGGCCGCCAUCGAGCGGCUCCCCUCCGCCAAGCGGCGCAACCACGCCAUCGUCCUCCCCGACCCCGACGGCGACGGAGAAGGGGGCGGGGGCGAGGUGGUGGACGUGCGGAGGCUCGACCGCCCCGGGCUCGAGCGCGUGCUCCGCCGUGCGCUGGCCACCGCCGAGCUCGACAACGCCAACCUGCUCCGCGGAAUCAAGGCCCGCUUCGACGCGGUGGGGCUGGAGGUGCCGCGGGUGGAGGUGAGGUUCCGCGACCUGAGGGUCUCGACGGAGGUCAACGUCGGCAGGAGGGCGCUGCCGACUCUCCCCAACUACGUCCGCGACGUCACCGAGAGAAUUCUUAUUGCUUGUCGUCUCCUACAACCUAAUAAGCAUAAGCUCACUAUUCUGGAUGAUGUCAGUGGCAUUGUGCGACCUGGGAGGAUGACAUUAUUGUUGGGACCACCUGCAUCCGGGAAGUCAACGCUCUUGCUGGCCCUAGCUGGCAAACUGGAUCCUAAGCUAAAGAAAAGUGGAGGGAUUACCUACAAUGGAAUUGCUUUGGAUGAAUUUUGUGUACAAAGAACUUCUGCAUAUAUUAGUCAAACAGAUAACCAUCUUGGGGAGCUGACAGUAAGGGAAACUUUAGAUUUUGCUGCAAAAUGCCAAGGCGCAAGCGAAAACUGGGGAGAAUGCUUGAAAGAAUUGGUCAAUCUUGAACAAAAAAGAGGCAUGCGUCCUAGUCCCGAGAUAGACGCUUUCAUGAAGGCAGCAUCAGUCGGAGGGGAUAAGCACAAUCUUGUUACCGACUAUGUACUGAGAGUGCUUGGGCUGGAUAUAUGUGCGGAUACCCUUGUGGGCAGCGACAUGGAAAGAGGUGUCUCUGGUGGUCAGAGGAAGAGAGUGACAACAGGUGAAAUGAUUGUUGGACCAAGAAAAACACUUCUCAUGGAUGAAAUAUCAACAGGUCUAGACAGCUCAACGACUUUUCAGAUAGUGAAGUGCGUGAGGAACUUCGUCCAUGAGAUGGAGGCAACCGUGCUCAUGUCACUUCUUCAGCCUGCACCAGAGACGUUUGAACUAUUUGAUGAUCUAAUUCUAUUGUCAGAAGGGAAGAUCGUCUACCAAGGCCAGAUUGACCAUGUUGUGGACUACUUUAAAUCAUUAGGAUUUUCAUUGCCACCACGCAAGGGUAUUGCUGAUUUUCUCCAGGAGGUAACUUCAAAGAAAGAUCAAGCUCAGUACUGGUCUGACCUGUCAAAACCAUAUUCGUUUAUUCCUGUGUCAGCAAUGGCUGCUGCAUUUACAGAUUCCCAGUAUGGUAGAAAUCUUGAGUCCCAUUCACAUAAUUCAGACGGUCAUACAAAUUCUCCUGAGGCUCUUGCCCGGUCCAAGUUUGCCAUAUCAAAAUAUAGCCUCAUUAGAGCUUGUUUUGCCAGGGAGCUUAUUCUAAUAAGCCGUCACCGUUUCCUCUACACUUUUAGGACAUGCCAAGUUGCUUUUGUUGGGCUCAUUACAAGCACACUAUUUUUACGGACAAGAUUACAUCCAAUUGAUGAGCAAAAUGGAGAGCUCUAUCUCUCAUGUCUUUUUUUUGGGCUUGUACAUAUAAUGUUCAAUGGUUUUUCAGAACUGUCUAUAACUAUUUUUCGACUUCCGGUGUUCUAUAAGCAAAGAGAUAAUUGUUUUCAUCCUGCAUGGGCUUUCUCACUUCCCAAUUUGAUACUAAGAAUUCCGUAUUCUAUUAUUGAAGCCACAGUGUGGUCUUGUGUUGUCUAUUACACAGUAGGCUUUGCACCAACUGUUGAUAGAUUUUUUCGCUUUAUGUUGCUAUUGUUCUCUAUACACCAAAUGGCUUUGGGCCUUUUUCGGAUGAUGGGAGCUAUUGCACGAGACAUGACCAUCGCUAACACUUUUGGAUCAGCUGCCAUGAUGGCUAUUUUUCUUUUGGGGGGAUUUAUUAUUCCUAAAGAGGCCAUAAAACCGUGGUGGGAGUGGGCAUACUGGGUUUCUCCAUUAAUGUAUGGGCAACGUGCAAUUUCAGUUAAUGAAUUCUCAGAUUCUAGAUGGUCAAAGGUUUCAGGUUAUAUGAACAAUACAGUUGGAACCAAUGUACUUCUUGCACAUGAUCUGGGGACACAGAAUUACUGGUACUGGAUUGGGGUUGGUGUUUUAUUGGCUUACGCCCUCUUGUUCAAUGUUUUGUUUACUCUUGCAUUGGCAUACCUUAACCCCCUUCAAAAGGCACAGGCACUAAUCCUGGCUAAUUCGGAGGAAUCCAAAGAUUCGAAAAAUGAUGGUGCGGCCUCAGAUAGAAACACAACUACAGAAAAAUCUGACAGGACCAAUGUGCUUGAAGUGACCACUGAAGGCACCAGAAGGAAGGGGACAUUACCAUUUCAACCCCUAACCAUGACGUUCCACAAUGUUAACUAUUUUGUUGACAUGCCGAAGGAAAUGCAAGCAAGAGGAAUAACUGAAAAAAGACUGCAGUUGUUGUUUGAAGUAAGCGGGGUAUUUAGGCCACGUGUCCUGACUGCACUUGUUGGCUCAAGUGGUGCUGGAAAGACAACACUUAUGGAUGUUUUAGCAGGCAGGAAAACUAGUGGAUGUAUAGAAGGUGAUAUCAAGAUUUCUGGCCAUCCAAAAGAACAACAAACCUUUGCUAGGAUAGCGGGAUAUGUUGAACAAAAUGACAUACAUUCACCACAAGUAACAGUUGAAGAGUCCUUGUGGUUUUCAUCAGCCUUACGGCUUUCAACUGACAUAAGUAGAGAAACAAAAAAGGCAUUUGUUGAAGAAGUCAUGUCAUUGGUAGAGCUUGAUGAAUUGCGACAUGCAUUAGUAGGGAAACCAGGUUCUAGUGGACUUUCAACGGAGCAAAGGAAGCGUCUUACGAUAGCUGUUGAACUAGUUGCAAAUCCUUCCAUUAUUUUUAUGGAUGAACCUACAUCUGGUUUGGAUGCACGAGCAGCUGCCAUUGUGAUGCGCACUGUUCGAAAUGCUGUUGAUACCGGACGAACUGUUGUCUGCACGAUACACCAGCCAAGCAUCGAUAUUUUUGAAUCAUUUGAUGAGCUACUUCUUUUGAAACGAGGAGGUCGAGUAAUAUAUGGAGGUUCACUUGGUGUUAACUCAGUUGAUAUGAUACAUUAUUUUCAGGGAAUUCCUGGAGUCCCUCCCAUACGCGAAGGCUAUAACCCAGCAACAUGGAUGCUUGAAGUGAGCACACAAGCGUGUGAAGAAAGGCUUGGUUUGGAUUUUGCAACACUGUACAAGAACUCAGAUCAGUUCAGGAAUGUGGAAGAUUUAAUAGAAGAACUAAGUGUUCCGGAUUCAGGCACAAAACCUUUAAAGUUCACGACUGAGUUUUCACACGGCUGUCUUACUCAAUUUGGAGUAUGCCUACUUAAGCAAGGCCUUAUUUACUGGAGAAGCCCUGAGUACAAUGUCGUGAGAUUGUUUUACACAACAAUUGCUUCUCUUAUAUUUGGUUCAAUAUUUUGGAACGUUGGUAUGAAGAGAGAAACAACAGGGGAUUUGUAUCUUGUCAUGGGAGCUUUAUAUUCGGCAUGCCUAUUUCUUGGAAUAAAUAAUGCCUCGUCAGUACAGCCAAUAAUUUCCGUUGAGAGAGCAGUCUACUACAGAGAACGGGCUGCUAAGAUGUACUCAUCAUUCCCAUAUGCAGCAGCUCAGGGCCUUAUAGAGAUACCUUAUAUUGCGACUCAGACACUAAUAUUUGGUCUCAUCACUUACUUCAUGAUCAACUACGAGAGGAACCUAGGGAAAUUGCUCCUUUACCUCCUUUACAUGUUCCUUACUUUUACCUACUUCACAUUCUAUGGGAUGGUGGCGGUAGGUUUGACGCCAACACAAUCAGUGGCAGCAGUGGUAGCCUCAGCAUUUUACUCCUCGUGGAAUCUUUUCUCAGGGUUCUUAAUUCCCCAAUCUAGAAUCCCAGGUUGGUGGAUCUGGUUCUACUACAUCUGCCCAGUGGCCUGGACCCUGAAAGGCAUCAUUACAUCACAAUUGGGAGAUGUCGACACGAGGAUCGUUGGUCCUGGUUUUGACGGGACAGUCCAAGAGUUCAUCCAGCAAAACCUGGGAUGUGAACAGGGGAUGAUGGGUGUCACUAUUGCAGUGCUCAUUGCCUUCUGCGUCUUGUUCUUUUCAGUUUACGCGCUUUCGAUCAAGAUGCUUAAUUUCCAAAGAAGAUAACUGCCCUCUGUAUACGAGACAUUAUAAUUUCAAGGCUGGUGUCGACGCCAUACUCUGUUUCUUGGUGGUUUGCAAAUACUAGGUGGAUGAAGCACCAAUGAAGUUGGUACUACGUGCUGUCUGAAGAACGGGAAGGGGACAAACAGUUAGUAGAGGUUACUACUAGUGUACAGAGAGAUGCAAAUUAGAAAUUGCACGGAAUGUACGUACAUGCAUGCUGUGUGUUUUGGAAGGAUGGUAACGUUUGAUUUUUUUCUCAUCAUAUUAUGAAAAAUUUCAUGGUUAUGGUACCAUGGACCAUGGUACGACAACUUAUGUUUCCUUUUUUUC